AUGAUGCAUCCUCCUGCCAACGACACCAGCGGCUCGGAGCUGGAGCCGCGCCAGAUCGAGGUCCUCAUCACCAUCGAGCGAACUGGCGCGGGCCUCUCGAUGGUGGCGAUCGUCCUCACUCUGCUGACGUUUGCCCUCUUCAAAAAGCUUCGGACUACUCCCAACACGUUCCUUGUUCUGGCGUCCAUCGCCAACGCCGGCGCGAGCAUCGCGUCCAUGAUCGGCUACGAUGGCCUCGAUCAGGGCGAGCGCUCUACUCUCUGCCAGGGACAAGGCUUCAUCUUCGAAUGGUUCAUGCAAUCCGACCCCUGGUGGUCGUUUGCCAUGGCAUUUAAUGUCUAUCUGGUCUUCUUCCACAACGCCAACCCUGCCAGCUUUCGCAAGCGCAUCUGGAUCUACUGCCUCAUCUGUUUCGGUGGUCCCCUUGUGCCUGCCAUCGUCCUGGUCUCGAUCCGAGACGAUGCGAAGGGUCCCGUGUUUGGUAACGCUUCGCUUUGGUGCUGGGUUGACGCAAACUGGAGCCUGGUUCGCCUCUAUGCGUACUAUAUCCCCAUCUGGAUCUGCAUUUUCGGAUCCAUCAUCAUCUACGUCGCCGUGGGAUAUCGGGUCUUCCACCAUCGGAACCGUCUUCGCAAGUUUGCACUUCCCCUCCAGGCCAGGAACAAACGGGCCAACUCUGGCGCCGCCAGUGAUGCCGGUGAUUCUGCUGUCGAGAGCCUCACCCAGAGACCUGAGUAUUAUGGCACUGCAACCACUGAAGUCCAGGUUACUUCCGGUACUCCUGAGCACGAUAAUCAGCUGGCUCUUCCCAUGAUGCCGCCUCCUAUGUAUUCGCUUAGCCCCUACUUGCACAAUCCCACUGCCGAGGCUUAUGGUCAAUCGUGGGCAACAACUCAAGCAGGACGUUAUUACGCCGCGGAUCCGGAGAGACUGCCUCAGCCUCCUCGUGCAGCCGGUCCUCCUACGCGAUGCAACAUGCUCUCCGCCGUCUUCUCGUGGCUGAAGAAUGUCAAGUCGAGUGCAUCCUCGAAGCUGAAGAGACUGGAUCCCGUCAAGAUGGCCUACCUUCGCACCAGCUUCAUCUUCGGGUUUGCCAUUCUCAUCACUUGGAUCCCCAGUUCCGUCAAUCGGCUCUACAGCCUCACCUCUCAAGGCCGCGUCAACUUCCAGCUCAGCGUCGCCAGUGGCUGUGUGCUGCCGUUGCAGGGAGUCUGGAAUGCCCUCAUCUACUUCACCACGAGCUAG